UGAAAUGUCAAAUUUUGUAAUUUUGUCCGUUGGCGUUGAGUUCGUUUUGUUAGUGUUUUUUGGGCAGUUUAAAAUUUUCAAACAAUAUAAUAUAUUAAGUAAUGAUAGACUGUAACAUCAUAGACCCUUUACUACACAUUAAACAUGUCUAAUAAAUUUAACCAAAAGAAACAAAAGCUACUAGCACGCAAAGAGCAACUUCUGAAAGACCUGAAAUACUAUGAAGUGAGGAUCGAGGAAGCGAAGAGAGCCAGUGAAAACCGCUGGGUCUACGACGACGACAGCUCCGACUCUGAGAUAGAGUUCAGCGUCAAGGCAGGAGUGUCACUGACUGAGCUGAGGCUGCAGCAGUCGCAGCUACACACCUGCCUGCAGGCCACGCAGGAGCUGACCGGCCUCAGCGUGCUGCAGUCCGAGGUCAACGUUCUGGUCAACGCACCAACUUUUGAGGGCGAGCCCCCUGUGCUGGAGGCGGGCUGCUGGCGCGAGGUGAUGGCGGAAUGCAAGAUCGACCUGGUGUCCUUCUCCAUGAGCUUCUACCAGCACCAGCCCAGCCGUCAGUUCGCGCAGUCGCAGUACCGCGCACUGCGCGUGCUGCCCAUCAAGUUGGUGCACGAGAAGGAGCUGUCGCAGUCGGUGCUGGUUGAGCAGAGGGUUCCCAGCGACGCUGUCGAGGUGCUGCGCAGCUACGCGCAGGCGCACCGCUCGCGGCGCGACUCGCUGGCGGCGCUCGCCGAGCGGUUCGCCGACGCGCUCUACAUGGAGGCGGCCCCCGAGGGCGGCUACGUGCUGAGGUGCGUCGAGCUGCUGCGGGUGACGUGGAGCCUGCAGAACAGGAGGUCGGCGCUGGCGCCCUUCCUGCACAAGAUGGCCUUCGACCUCGAGUACAUGGACGAAAGCUACAUAAAGACUAUAUCACAAGCGCACAAGCAACUGUGCGACCCGGCGCUGGACACGGACCACAGAACACUUCUGCUGGCGCAGAUCAUCGACACGUGUCUGGCGGCGCGCCGCCUGGCGGGCCCGUUGACCGACUCUGACGUCGACAGCCAACACUCGAGGAGACAGACGUCAGAUCUAGAAAUGGACGUUCCCACAACGUCUGGACUGAUGGGCCCGCCCACAUCCUUGCCGAAGAAAACUAAACGCAAGGGAAAAGAGAACAACACACCAACCGCUAAAGAUAGGAAGAGAGAAAAUGAUACGGAAGGUGACAGAGAAGUUCCAUCUAAAAAGGCUAAAAAUGAUGCUGAUCUUCUCAACUCUAAGGAUUACAAAGAUGAUAACGCAAAAUGUAGUAAUGUUAAAAAAAGUAGUUCAAAAAACAGUGAUAUUGAAGCCACAAACAAAGUGCACAGAAAGGAGACUAAAAAUACUGAUAUUAGUAAUAAAAAAGCAAAACUCAAAGAUAGCAACGUUAAAAAAAAUGUAGAUUUGCAAAGUAAAAGGGAUUCAGUGAAAACUAAACAAGAUGCCAAAUUAAGUAAUGUAGAAGAUAAUGAAAUUAGGGAUAAUUUAAACACAGUAAAAAAUAAAGCUCCUGAAAAUGAGAAAGCGACACAAAAUAAACAGAAAAAUGUUGCUUCUAAAAGCAAACCUAAUGACAAACAAGCUAACAUUCUUCAAGACGAAUUAGUAACGGAAGAAUACGUUGAUAAUGCUGCCACAUUAAAAACGAAAACAGUUGCAAAAAAUACUAAGACUGCAAAUGAAAAUGAUCAAAAAUUAAAAAAAUCGAAAGCUAUAAUCCCGGAUAUCAAUAAAAAUGAACAGGGAUCCUCUAAAAAUAAGGCUUUAGAUGAAAAUAAUCCGAAAACAAAGAAAUCGAAAAUUGCAAUCUCGGAAGAUAAAGCUAAUUCCGAAAAUAACAAUACAGAUAAAGAUGCGAAAACUAAAAAAUCGAAAACAGCAAUGCCAGAAAACAACAAAAAUUUACAGGAACAUACUGAAAACGUUAGUAAAAAAAUUGUUAAUAAAGACAGUACAGAAACAAAAAAUAAAGAGAAAGGAAAAUCCAUUCAAAAAAAUGAUAAAAUCUCUAAAAUCUACCCAGCUCUUAACAACGAUUUACAAAACGAUAAACCUAAAAAGCAUAAUGGUGAAAAUAUUACUCAAAAUGUAGAACAAAUGAAAAAUAAACGUAAAACUGAUAACUGUGGUGUUAACACAGUCCAAAAGCAAAAUGAAAAAUCUGAAAUUAAUCAAAACCAAAAAUCCAAUGCAAAUAAUAAAAUUCAAAACCGAGUAAGUUCUACAAAAUUUUCCAAAACUGACAGUGAAAAGCAAAACACAUCUCACGAAUUUAUACAAACACUAUCCGAAAGAUUUGCUCCCAGGAAUAGGCGAGAAACAUUUACGAUUGAUAAAACAAAUAACAUACACAAUUUUCUAACCAGUGGUAAACAAACAAAUAACGCAAUAAUACCUAAAACACAACCAACUAAUAAUGAAAAUAAUGCUAAACCUAUCAAAAAUGCUAUCAAUAAAAAUGCAAUGAAAACUAAAUCAAACAUCAAAAACAUAAAUAUGAAUAAAAAUAACGCACUCAAAGAAUCAAAUAUAAAUAAAAUUAAAUCAACAGACAGUGAACUAAAUAAAAUUAAUAUUAAAAAUCAAAAUAACGUAAAAUCUGAUAAUAAAACACAUAAAACGAAUAUAAAAGACAAAGUAAACAAACAAAUCGUGCGACAGUCGCCGCGCAAUGAAAAUGUACGUAACGUUAUAAACAAAGUGCACUCAAAAAUUCCGCAGAAAAAUCUGUUUGUCGCAAAACCAAUGAAAAACCCGCUGCGGAUAAGUCCCAGGAAGCACCUCCUCAAGAUGAGCUCGACUCGAGACAGCUCGAAGAGCUCAAUAAGUAGCGUCCACAAACAGACAAACAUACCAAGGCUACUGAAGAAGCCGCCAGUGAAGUAGUGCUAGCGCCGCUCGCCGCUCUACUACCUGUGUACUAAGUCCUCCAUCUUGGUUUUGUUUAUGGUAUUGGUUGACGGACCAAUCAGAUGAUCUCCCUGAUGGUAAACCAGCGACAGUAAACAUGUCAGCACAUCUUACUACUGCCAAAGCUGGUCUUCCGAACAUAGAAUAUCAUACA